AGAAGAAAAAGAGAGGAGGGAGCACAAGGGGGGAAAGAAAACCUGUCCCUUUGUGUGGGAAAGACUCAGCAGGAAAGUGAAUUGGUGACUAUUUGAGUUUGCCGGCAAAGCAAGGAUCUUCCCCAUGACCUGCAUGCACAUUUUUGCCAACUCUGCGUUCCACGACUGCCUUAAACCCGAGUCGCAUAGACUGCGAUUCUCUGGCCGGCAAACAGCGACACCCGGCUUCUCCUGAUGAUGAGAGCAGACGUCAGACUGGUUUGCAUGAAUAUUGAUGUAGAGGAUAGUCUGUUUCAUAGAAGAACAGAAGGAGGCAAGAUGGCUGCCCUUUAGGAUUUGUAAAAGAGGAGAUCCAGACGGUUUGUUGGAAUUUCUACAUAGUGGAAGGACGCAAAAUAAGGACACAUAAAGGGCAGCCUGUGAAUGGACUCUGAGCAGGCCAGAUGGAAACGGACCAGACCAGACAUGAGACGGAAGAAAGUCUGACAUUAAAACAAUUUGGGACACACCACAACAUCUCCAACAAACUGCAGAAUGGAGGCUCAUUUUCAGAAGGAGACUCUCUGCAAAACACUGACAACACAAACUGGAACAAUCACAAGCCCAACACAGUUGCCAACUCCAUGAAGAGACCAAACGAAAACUGCAAUGACUCUGAAUCCGUGCAAGGGCUGUUGGAUCAUGGAUCCUUUAUAAUGAAUGGAGUGCUGAUGAAUGGAGAGCAAUUACUCACUGAACCGUCGUUCCAGCCCAGCCAGCCCAAGAAAUUUAGAGCAGAUUCAGAGAUUGCUGAAUUAAAAAACAAAACUGAAUUUCAAUGCAGUGCUCAGUCAGAGACAAAAUUAGGGAACAGGAACUGUACAAUUCUUAAUGGAGAUGUUUAUCAUCUGCCAAGAAAUAAGCAUGCUUUAAUCACUAAUGGUGCUGUCCUGACGACUUCUACAAUAGAAAGCACACCAGGUGAUCUUUUAGAGAAAACUUUGUCUCAAUAUUAUCCUGAGCAGGUAUCAAUUGCACCACAGAGAUCUGGUCCACAAGAUGCUAUGAAAAGUUCUCUCACAAAAAAACUGCCUGGUGAGGAUAUUUUACCUCCUGCUUUGACCUCAGAGUUUCCAAAUUCAGCUCAGAUGCUUAACUCACAAACACGGAAACCUGCGGUAUCUGGUACUCUGGAGGGAGGCAACAAUUACAACUCUGUUAACUAUAUAGUAAAUGGAUAUGCAAACCAUCAUGAAACCGUUUACCAGCAGAAAAAACAACCGCCUCAACAACUGUCACCAUCUAGCCACCAAGGAUCUCUUCAACUCCCUGGCAUGGCCCCACCACCAAAUACUGCCAACUCAUUGCAACAACAUAAAAAUGGCCCAGGGUGCUUUCCAAACAACACAAAUCCUCAACGUACAUAUGAAAAUGGAAGCCACAAUUUUGAUCACAAAGAGCAUAAUACUCACCCCCAGGGAACUAAGGCAGUAUUGGACAAAUAUGGACCAUCAAACUUUGGGAUACAGAACAUUGUGCAGUAUGAGGAACCUGAGUCUGGUCAUGCUCAACAGUUUGGGAUUCAACCCAAGAAUUUUCAGCGGACUCCAGGACACACACAUGGAGCUGAUAACAUAGGUAUGAUGGGACCCAUUAUACAGCAGCCAAAUCAGGCUGGAUUAGAAAAUAGCCUGGAUAACACAUCCCAGCAGACAGAGAAUUUCAUGUGUUCAAACUGGAUGGAACAGAACCCUCUACAGCAGCAAACACAUGUUCUGUCAUCCUUGGCAAAGCAGGAAAACAGGGACUUCUCUAUCAAGCCUUUGCUAGAGCAACAGAAAGCUAACCUCCAAGUUCAUGGUCAAUUUUUGGAGAAAAACCAUGUACAAAGGUUUGAGUCACCUGGAAUGUUUAAAGAAAACAUUCAUGGGUCCAACAGCAUACAGCAGCAGCAACUCUCAGGCCAAACACACUGUGCUUCAGCCCAAAACAACAAUAGUCCUGACUGGCAGCAUGGAAGUGCUAAGGUUUCUUUAGUGCAACAGUCUCAACCCCAGAUAAAGCAUGAUCAACAAAAUGUGUUGCAAAGCCAGCAGGCAAGGGGACAUUAUCAUACACCCAUGCAGUCAGAGCACUUACGUGAACACUCUGAAGUGCAGGAUGUAUUGUCACCUGAGUUUUUCACAACACAACAGCAGCACUGUAAUCUUCCACGCCCACUGUCCCACCCAACACAAUCUGAAGAACAGCAACUUAAGUCUCCCAUUUAUCGACCUCACAGUCAGCCUCAGCCAGGUCAGGUUAAACUUAAUCAGCAACAUAGAAACAACUACUUCAGCUACAAUAACACAACAGAUGCUCAUAUACAUCAUCAAAGCCAGUAUUCGCCAAACUCGGGCACCAGUGAUUUCAGGCAAUUUCAACCGCAGAGACCGAGUAACCAAAUAGACUUACCACAAACGUCUACACAGUCACAGCCUCUUUCUCCACAAUUUUCAUUAAACCAACAGACAUCAACACAUAUGUAUCCCAAAGCUGAACUCCAGCUAAACCCAUGUUCCCAGGUCCAAAGGGGAUCUCAGCUUCCUCUGGCAUCGGGCCUAUCACUGUCAGACUUUCAAAAGCAUGCUGCCCUGCGUAAUCAUCUGUUACAAAGGCAAGAGAGACAGGGCCCUCUCUAUUGCGCUCAAAGCACUAAUGAUAUUAAACACAGCCUGAAAAAUGUAAAAAUUGACAAUGGACCCAGAUUUCACUUGCCUGGCUCGCAGGAGCAAAUGGGUGGAUUGCAAAUCAAGCAGGAGAAACAUCAGUCCUUAUGUGACAAUAAUAAGAAGCAAGACAACAUCCUGGCCUCCAUGGAACAAAGUCUAAAACAGUACCAUCUUUCCCCUGUGUUUGAGAAGAAAUCUUUUGUCAUCAAUCCAAAUAAAGUCAAGGUAGAAUCUUCCGGACCUGUGACAAUACUCUCAACCAACACUGACAUGUGUAAAAUGGAAGCACCUGGAGCUGUCACCUCCAGUCCAACUUUGAAAAAAACACCCGAAUCCACACCCAAAAAAGAACAACUCUUACAGAGGUUUAUGGAUUCCCCAAUGAAGCUGUUGGAUACCCCAAUAAAAAGUCUCCUGGAUAUGCCUAUGAAAACACAAUAUGACAUUGCAUCAUGCCACUGUGUUGAACAAAUCAGCGAAAAAGAUGAAGGCCCGUACUAUACUCACUUGGGUUCUGCACCUACGGUUGCUGGUAUACGGGAGAUGAUGGAAAAAAGGUCUAGUUUCAAUGGUCGAGCCAUUAGGAUAGAGAAAGUGGUGUACACAGGCAAGGAAGGCAAAAGUACACAAGGGUGCCCUAUCGCAAAAUGGGUGAUCCGCCGAGCCAGUGUGGAAGAAAAGCUACUGGUGUUGGUUCGAGAACGCACUGGCCACAAAUGUGAUACAGCCUGCCUAAUCGUUGCGAUCCUGGUCUGGGAGGGCAUCCAACCCAGCCUGGCUGACAAACUCUACCUCGAGCUAAGCGAUACUCUAACUAGGCAUGGAGCACUCACCCAGAGACGGUGCGCUCUUAAUGAAGAGAGGACUUGCGCAUGUCAGGGAUUAAAUCCAGAUGCCUGUGGGGCAUCGUUCUCUUUUGGCUGCUCGUGGAGCAUGUACUACAACGGCUGCAAAUUUGCAAGGAGUAAAAUUCCAAGAAAAUUUAAACUACUAGGAGACGACGUGAGAGAGGAAGAAAGGCUAGAGCAAAACCUUCAGAAUCUGGCCACCUUACUGGGACCCUUGUACAAAAAUAUGGCACCUGAAGCUUAUGGAAACCAGGUGGAACAUGAACACAGAGCCCCUGACUGUCGUCUGGGUAAAAAGGAGGGACGUCCCUUCUCUGGGGUGACAGCUUGUCUAGACUUCUGUGCUCAUGCUCACAGAGACCUUCACAACAUGCUUGGAGGCAGCACCGUCGUGUGCACAUUAACAAGGGAAGACAACCGGGAGAUUGGAAGGAUACCAGAGGAUGAGCAGCUCCACGUUUUGCCACUGUAUAAGGCUUCCAACACAGAUGAAUUUGGCAGUGAGGAGGGUCAACAAGAAAAAAUUAAGUCAGGUGCUAUUGAAGUCCUCAGUGCCUUCCGCCGCCAGGUGCGCAUGCUUGCAGAGCCCGCCAAGUCCUGCCGCCAAAAGAAGUUGGAUGCUAAGAAGGCAGCUGCUGUUAAGAAUGCCAUGCUGGACAACGCUCAUGAUAAGGCAGAGAAAGUCACCCCAUCCAAGUCAAAAGUGAUGACUUGUGAAAACAUCAGUCAAAGCACUCAUAUGGCAGGUUUUAUUCCAGGUGCUAUUGGAGCCUCCCAGCAUCCAAUUCAACCAACGCAUCACUUUGGAAACCAUCCCCGGCAAUUGCAGCAACAACAGCACGAAAACAUACUUACCUCCUUUCCGGGUGCAGCAAAUGCUGCCAGAUACCCAAGGUUCCCUAGCCACCAAGGAUCUUUCGCAAGCACUUCAAAGCCAGGGAGCAUAUUUCCACCUCAACUGUCAACACCAGCAAGCCCUUACCCUGCCCCAAUCCAUGCACCAACUUCAUACAUUGAUGGAUCUAAUCGUUCGUACGUUGGUUAUCAAUGUAAUGGAGGAAUGCCUCUUGACAACUACCAUUCAUACUAUGCUUCAAACCAAAAGCACCUCAGCAUGUAUCAACAGCAACAACAACAAGCCUUUUACUCAGAGCAGCAGUAUACAGUACAUCCACGUUUUGAGGUCAAUUAUCCACCAAAUUUUGGUGAUCCAGGUUUACAAAUCAAUGGUUAUAAUGCAUGCAGCAUGAGGCCAGUUCACCCCAUGAGAGCCUUCAGCCCCUGUGGUCCUAAUGGAGCCACAGACCCACAUUUUAUGGACCCCCUGUCAAGAGCGCCCUCUGUCCAUGGAGGUCUUAACUACACUGCUGCUGGAAGCAACAGCAAUCAGUUUGGAAGAUCCCCAAAUCCAUAUCUCUCACAAAGUCCCCAAAUGUUCCACCCAGGCCAACAACCAUUCCAUAUGCAAAUUAAGCAAGAAAUCAGUAUUGCUAGCCCAAAGAUGCUUGGCGCUCAAUUAACUGGUGUGGGUUUAAACCCUGAAACACAGACAGGACUGGGUAGCCACAUGCUAUCAGGUAUUAAGCAAGAACCCGGAACCCCCCAGACACCCACAACCCCGCAAAAGCCAGAAAUGUGGUCAGACAAUGAGCACAACUUCUUGGACCCUGACAUCGGUGGGGUGGCCGUGGCACCUACACACGGCUCAGUCCUCAUUGAGUGUGCAAAACGGGAGCUCCAUGCCACAACCCCGCUUAAAAACCCAGAUCGUCACCACCCCACACGCAUCUCCUUGGUGUUUUACCAGCACAAAAACUUGAAUGAGGCAAAGCAUGGACUCGUUCUGUGGGAGGCAAAGAUGGCAGAAAAAGCUCGAGAAAAGGAGGAGGAUGCAGAGAGAAACGGUGGUGAGGGGACACCAAGCAAGAGCCACAAGAAAGGGACAAAGCGUGAGCAUCCAGAGACAUUGGAAUCCCUUGGGGAUCCCCCUUAUAAGCGUUUUAUACAGGCACUCAUUGAAGGAUCCUCGUCAUGCACAACCAACACUUACGUCAGUACAUCCCCGUAUGCCUUCACUAAGGUCACAGGACCUUAUAGUCACUUUGCAUAAAAGACCAUCAAGAAAAAAUGAAGGUGCUUUAUUUAUGACAAGGACUACAUGCAGCACUGGUCUCAAAAACACUCCUAACCUGUUCAGGUCUUUUAUCUUUUUGACAACUGAGCUUUACAUGUUGACCCUUGUAAGGAUGUAUUUAUUCUUGUUUUGCAAUUAUUGCAGAUACACACUGUUCAACCAUCUGGUGCUCUCAAUCUUACAUGCAGGACUUUUUUUUUUUACUGGAAACAAAGUUUAAUCUUUGGUGGCUUUAUUUUUCUUAAAAGUUUUUGAAACACUUAAACUUGGCAUGCAAUGCCAAUUUUAAAAACAGCAACACAACAUUUAAGGUGCUAAGUCUGUGUCUUUUUUUAUAUUCAAAUGCCAUGAUACCAUGAUUGAGACUAACUGUAGAUGGCAUGAAACAGGAAAUGCUAUAACUGGGAAAUAAUCUGUAAAAUCAUGAGCCUCAAAAUGGUAUGAGGCAAGUGUGUUAUGAGCACUUCUUGAUUACAACAAUUGAAUGUAUUGGUAUAUAGGUGAUGACAUUGACCUUUUUCUUGAAUUUAGCGCAAUUUCUAAAUAUCCCCGAAAGAAAUCUAAAUAAUUGCAACAUUUUCAAUAUUAUUUUGUUGGUGCUUCUUUGGCCUAAAAAUUACAUGUAUUAAAUACACGAGCCAUUCAAAUUGUGUAUUUUUAACAUUUUAAAAUGAGGAAAAUGAUCUGAGUUUUACUGUCUGCAAAUGUUCCUUUUAUAAGGUUCAUUGAACUACCCUGAAUUGUGAAAAUUACGUGUAGUUUUUUUUUGUCUGUGGUGCUUAGUUGAUGUGCUUUUAUUACACUGAGGAGCAUGAGACAGGGUAAGCUUGGUGUCAAUUUCAUAGGGCAGCUGGCUUGCUGUGGGUUCUUUAAUUAUUGCAAUCUAACUGUAAGAUACAGGUAAGACAUGUACAGUAACUUAAAUUCCCUUUUUGGAAAUACUGCUAUAAAUUGUGAUUGUUGUAAAGAAAACUAAAAGCCUAAUUCCUUGUAAAUAUUUGUUUCAAUAGAUUUGAUUUCAUUGGGUGCUAUUCAGCCUGUUAAAAAGUACGAUGUGAGACUCUAGGCAGUGAGAAGGCUUUUACAAUAAUGUACAGUACCAACAUGUCAUAUACCUCAAAACCAGUUUGGGCAAUAGGAAAACAUAUCAUUCUUUUGUUUAAAUAUUUUUUUUCUAAAUUGUUGGUUACAGUCUAACUGCAUACGACCUACAAAGGCGGAGAAGUUAAUUUCCUACUUUCUUACCUGCUCAGCAAGUAUUACUUGAACUUGAGUUUUUAAUGUUACUGUAUAAUCAGGGACAUUUAAAAAAAUAGUUUUGCUUGCAUUUAUUAUGUUUUUUUUCCAUUCAGGGACAUGCAAUUGCAUUGUGUCCUAAUACAACUUUUCUCAAAUACGUCACACAAAAUAAUGCGGGGUGGGGUAGAGGAAAAAGUGUUUUUUUCACAUUUAUUUUAACCCUUUUUAGCUAGUAAAACUGUGAUUUCUUAACGAAACACAAAGUAUAUGCACUGAUGUGACUAAAGGGAAAGUAUGCUUAUGACUAUAUUAAGGGCGAUGUAUUUGCUUUUGCUAUGAGGCAAGACCAAGGCAGUGAUUAUCGUUUUUGUGCCUGUGUAUAAGUUCAAUUUAUUUAUAACCACUAAGGAAUUGUAUGAUUUUUCUCUUUAUUUUUUAAUUAAUGUGAUAUAUAAUGGAAUGACUGUAAUGUUAUUUGUAAUAAUAAUUCACCCACUCUUCUUUAACAAAUUUGUUUUCUGAAAGCACUUCAAAUUUUUUCAUGAAAAAAAAUUGUUUAUGUAAUAAAGUACAACAUGUUUUAUUUAAAAAUGGGUGUAAAUGUGUUUCAGAAACAUAAAAAAAAUGUCACAAUAUACAGUGCAUAGCAAGGUUUUACAUUUCAGGACAAACUUCUAGUGAAGUCAAACUGGGCUAUAAAGUAACUAAGUAAAGUAAACCAACAUACUUAAACAUAUUUUAAAUAUCCGUUUUGGCCUUUUUUAAUGUUAUCUAAAUGGACAUGGUCACAUUUUCCAGGAAGUCUUUGUAAAUAAUACAGUCACUGUCGACACAAAGUUUAAUGUCAAAUAAUAUUAUUAGCUCUAAUAUUGAAUGAAUUUAUAUAUUUUUUUGACUGCUGGGUUUGUAUAGUCCACAAUAUUGAUGAUUCUUUGUACAGAGCCCAGCUACAGUAGCAGGUGAGGUUGAUAAUAAGAGCAGGAUACAAAUAAAAGUAGAGACAUACUUGAAAACGCUUUUGAAUCAGCAUUACUUGAAUAACUUUUUGGGAAUAAUAUGAGUACUGCUUGUUCAAGCGAACAGUUCAUACAAAGCACGCAGACACAAAAGGUUGAAAAAAAGUCAAACAUUUUGCUGUUUUUAUUUCUGAAUGGACUCCCCUUGUUGUCCUGAAGUUUGGUAUGCUCCCAAAAAAUGAACUAAGCAUAGGUAUUAUACUGUAAGCAUUGUAAUGUACUGAAUGCAGUUUAUUGGAAAGCUGGUAUUAAUAUAUCAUUCCUGAUAUUGCCAAGAUAUGGGUGUUUUAUCUUUUUUUCAAUAAAUUUAUAUUUAUUUAAAGCUACUUGACUUGUAUAAAAAUCAGUGCUGCCUGUGUUUUAAAUAUAAUCCUAGUUUUGAAUGUG